GCUGCACUCGCCUCUUCUUUUCCGCUUCCGGUGUCCCCCACAGCCAUGGCCGCCGCCGCCGCCGCCGGCCCUGGGGCCCCCCUCUCCCCGGACGAAUUGCUUCCGAAAGGCGAUGCCGAGAAGCCUGAGGAAGAGCUGGAGGAAGACGACGACGAGGAGCUAGAUGAAACCCUAUCGGAGAGACUGUGGGGUCUGACGGAGAUGUUCCCGGAGAGGGUCCGGUCCGCGGCUGGAGCCACUUUUGAUCUUUCCCUCUUCGUGGCUCAAAAAAUGUACAGGUUUUCCAGGGCAGCCUUGUGGAUUGGAACCACUUCCUUCAUGAUCCUGGUUCUUCCGGUCGUCUUUGAAACUGAGAAGUUGCAGAUGGAGCAACAGCAGCAGCUGCAGCAACGGCAGAUACUUCUAGGGCCUAAUACAGGGCUGUCAGGAGGAAUGCCUGGGGCUCUACCUUCACUUCCCGGAAAAAUCUAGAUUGCUACUGCUAUAUUUGAGCUGUCUUGGUGGAAGAAGUUUGAAAAUUCAAUAGUGUUUGAACUGCUGAUUAUUGGAUUUUUUUUUUUUUUUAAACUUUGGCACAUUGCUCUAUAAACCUGGUGGCAGGAAUUCUCCCCACAUUGGCUCAUGGAGAGACUCCUCACUUGCAGCUGUGCCCUCCACUGUCCUAUUUCUUCUCUCCUCAUGCUGAUACCAGAGUGCAGCAACGCAGACGGUUACUCCAGCUCUGGCCACCCCACCCCCCUCACUAAAUUACUCCUGGUGGAAGAUCUCACAAUUCCAUUGCUGGGGUGGGAAACUGAUGCUGUGGAGAAGGACGUGCCCCUGACCAUUAACAAUAGAAUGGAGAUGCUGGGGAAGGGUAUGCACACAAGAUAAAAUACAAAAUGCAUUAAUUACAGCUCUGCUGCAAAGCAGCCACUGUGAAUUUCUGAAAGGAUGGAGGGAGGGCUGGCAGCUUCAGCCACAAGAUGGGGACUGGAGGACAGAGCAGGAGCUCAUUUCCUCCAAUAUUUCGGCUGUUAGCCUUGUGUGUAUAUGUGUCUAAAAAGGAAAAAAAAAAAGUCAGUGCUCACUUUUUGUAUUUAAAUAUUAAAAAAAGAUGAUUCCAACAACAAAAAAAA